AUGUCCUUCAAGGAGCUCAAGGCAAAACGAGAUGUAAAAGGGAAACAGAGCAUCUUGAAACAGACAGAAGACGAACAACAGAUGCAAAAGGAUGAGGAAAACCAAGGCAGUGACGACUUGUAUGAGCUCAAGGGAACCAAUCUAAGACUGGGAACAAGCACGCUAGGUGGACGAGGUCUUUUCACUCAAACCGAUGCAAAGCCAGGCACUAGGCUCCUUAGCGUGCGGCCGCAUAUUCACGCAGUUUCUGCGCGAUUUUUGGAAGACAACUGUACACUAUGCACAUCUGAAGAGAACGUUCGACGGUGUACUCGAUGCAAAAAGGUAGCAUACUGCUCUACAGAAUGUCAGACAGCGGAUUGGGGCAUACACAAGCAAGAAUGUCAAUCUCUCCGUCGCUGGGCUGAAGCCUCCGGCUCUGAUUCCACUCCUGCGGACAGUAUCCGUGCCAUCUCUCGUCUAUUGUGGAUGAGAAAUAUCAAAGGAGCAGACUCUAUAUGGUGGCGACAAAUCGCUGCCAUGCAGUCGAACCGAGAACACCUGUCAUUAUCCACGCAAGAGAGUUAUACUCACUUGGCACAAUCUCUCGUUCUCUACAUGAAAAUUGAAUCACCCGAGGGCCUGCGAGAAUAUGGCAUAGAAUCCGGAAAGGAUCUCGUAGACCUCAUGUCAAAGUUUACAACAAACUCCUUCACGCUGACUUCGACCUUUCUCAACGCUAUCGGAGUGGCAACCGCACCGAUACCAGCACUUAUCAACCACUCAUGUCAACCAAACGCAGUCGUAGUCUUUCCGGCGACCCGAAAGGGCGCUCCACCAACAUUGGAUGUCAUUGCUAUCCAGCCUAUUCGCCGAGGAGAAGAGGUUCUUGCUGCCUACGUUGAUAUCACUCUACCAAGAGAAAUACGACAAAAGUCGCUAAAGGAGACAUACGCCUUUGAAUGCAGCUGCACCUUGUGUAAAUUAGCAGGUACACUGGAUUUACGAGAGUGCGUAUUUUGCCCCAAGUGCAACGAAGGAUUCCUCUCAAGCCACAAAGGGCAAAGUGCACCGUGUAGCAAAUGCGGUGCUACAUUAUCAGUAUCCCAGGGCGUGAGGGAGAGAAUAAGACUAGGGACGGAAGGACUAGAAAAGGCGGAGAAACUGCAGUGGCAAGAUCCAGAGCAGGCUUUACGCCUCACUACUAACCUCAAUACCCUUCUCGCACCAGAUCUACCCCCAACGUCCCACCCUCGACUCGCGCUGAUGCGUCUAAAUCAUACACUUCUUCUCGAGCGUCUUAAUCUCGACCCGAAAGAAUCCAAUGGGCCCUCCUGCACGCAGAUUGUCGCCGCACUGGUGGAUCUGCUACCGCAUGGCCAUCCAACCCGUUGCGUUGCGAUUGCGGCGUUAGCGAGAUUGCUACGUGUUGACGAAGAUCAGGACCAACCAAAAGAAGACGAAAAUUCGCCCACAAACACUUUCCCACCUCACGGCUACCAGCGUCUCGUCCUCGCAAAGGAAACCCUGCUCCGCGCAUUGGCAGAAGUCAAUAUAGGCCUACCAGGUGGUGCAUUAUUCGAGGCGAUACGACGACUGUUAGACGAUACGGAGAGAGAGCUUGCCGUGUUCAAGAGGGGCGUGCGUAAUGCGCAAGCUAAUGCAGUGGCGGCGGCAAAGGGAUAA